GAAAUCAAGGAAGUAAUCGAGUUACCUGUGAAGCAUCCUGAGUUGUUUGAAAGCCUAGGGAUUGCUCAACCAAAAGGUGUCUUGCUUUAUGGUCCUCCCGGCACUGGAAAGACUCUUUUGGCACGUGCUGUAGCUCAUCAUACGGAUUGUAAGUUCAUUCGUGUUUCCGGUUCAGAAUUGGUACAAAAAUAUAUUGGUGAAGGUAGUAGAAUGGUCAGAGAAUUGUUUGUGAUGGCGAGAGAACAUGCUCCAUCCAUCAUUUUUAUGGAUGAGAUCGAUUCGAUUGGUUCUUCACGUAUAGAAUCUGGCUCAGGUGGUGGUGACUCAGAAGUACAAAGGACAAUGUUAGAAUUAUUAAACCAAUUGGAUGGAUUUGAACCUACAAAAAAUAUUAAGGUAAUCAUGGCAACAAAUCGUAUUGAUAUACUUGAUCCUGCACUACUGCGGCCUGGUCGCAUUGACAGGAAGAUUGAAUUCCCCCCGCCAUCUGAGGCUGCCCGUGCUGAUAUUCUAAAGAUUCAUUCACGUAAAAUGAAUUUAACUCGUGGCAUCAAUUUACGCAAGAUUGCAGAAAAAAUGACUGGAUCUAGUGGAGCAGAAGUCAAGGCUGUUUGUACUGAAGCUGGUAUGUAUGCACUUCGAGAACGUCGCGUACAUGUAACCCAGGAAGAUUUUGAAAUGGCCGUUGCUAAGGUUAUGAAGAAAGGUGAAGAACAAAAUGAAAGUUUACGUAAACUUUGGAAAUAG